UUUUUCGAAAUAAAAAGAAAGGCCCGAAAUUUUUCAGCACAGUUCUGCGGUAACUUUGAAAGUGUAGAGAUAAUUUUUGACGUAAAAAAAAUUUUGUGCGAAAAUGAACGUAAUUGCGAAAUUGGUUAAUGCAGUGGAGAGGAGACCAACCCUAUGGAUACCCAGCAAAACGGCAAGAUGGGAGGAUGUUGCCGAUGAAGUUUUUGGUAGUGACUACGUCGAUUGGUUGGUGGACGAUACUAUCGAAGAAAAAGCUCUUUACUGCCAAGAAGAAUGGGAACUGCUUCGUGAUCAGUAUAUGAAUUACAUGGAUUUCUUGGACAGAAAUAUACAUACUAAACAAAAAUGUUACCGUGACGGACAUGUCUUCAAGCCCAUGGUUUUGGAUUUCCUUGGAGUUCCCUCCAAUCGUGCAGCACGCCUGGUGGAAGCCACGGAAAAUGGGAAUUCCAUUCCGCGAGAUACGAGAUAUCGAUACGAUAAAGCUGAAGAAUACAGUUCUGAGGAUAAAAUGAUGAUUCGGGAAUUUUUCCGAAAACGGACACUGCCAUCGAUAAUUGCUGACAUGAUAUGGCAGGAAUUCCUGGAAAACGGUAAACCGUCAGUGGCUUACGAUCCUGAGGCAGAAGCUGAAGAUGUGGUGCAGCAUAAUGGUAUUUGGUCGACCCCCGACAUGGAAGCGAUGGUCAGGGAUAUUUUAAAAACUCCUGAUAGCGAUCUGGGAAGCCAUAGAGAGUGA